AGUUUUCCUCAUUAUUUCCAGGUCAGAGGCGCGCGCUUCCUGUGCGGCGCGUGCGUGCGGACUGAAGAUGGCCGCAGAUGGAGGCGCUCUGAAGGAUAUCAAUGAGAUUAAAUCACAGUUCCGGACCCGCGAGGGAUUCUACAAGCUGCUCACCCUCUCGGACUCUCAGCAGCGGGCCGGGCUUCCGAGGGGCCCCUCGGCGGGUGUCACGGUGGGGCCGGGCGCGGGCGGCGGCGCCGGUGUGGGGCUGGUGCAGGGGCCCGGGACCGCCGCUAACUCCUCUCCGGGCUUCCUGCCGCCGGUGCGGGUGUCGAUGGUGAAGCUGAAGCCCGAGGACCCCAGCGAGGACUCGGAGCGAGUGUGCUUCAACAUCGGCAGAGAACUGUUCUUCUACACCUACACGAACAUCAAGAAGGCAGUGGAUCUCAGUAAACCCAUAGACAAGCGCAUCUAUAAGGGAACUCAGCCCACCUGUCAUGACUUUAACCAGUAUUCGGCCACGGCUGACAGCGUGGCUCUGAUCGUGGGAUUCUCCGCUGGACAGGUGCAGUACCUCGACCCCAUCAAGAAGGAGACCAGCAAGCUCUUUAACGAGGAGAGGCUGAUAGACAAAUCAAAGGUGACGUGUCUCAAAUGGCUGCCCAAGUCGGAGAACCUCUUCCUGGCGUCUCAUGCGAGCGGUCACCUCUACCUCUAUAACGUGGAGCACCCGUGUGGCACCACCGCGCCGCAGUACUGUCUGCUCCGGCAGGGCGAGGGCUUCUCCGUCUACACCUGCAAGACCAAGACGCCCCGUAACCCGCUGCUCCGCUGGGCGGUCGGCGAGGGAGGGCUGAACGAAUUCGCCUUCUCGCCCGACGGCGUUCAUGUGGCCUGCGUCAGUCAGGACGGCUGCCUGCGCGUCUUCCACUUCGACUCGAUGGAGCUGCAGGGCGUGAUGAAGAGCUACUUCGGCGGGCUCCUCUGUGUCUCCUGGAGCCCUGAUGGGAAGUAUCUCGCCACCGGCGGAGAAGACGAUUUAGUGACCGUCUGGUCGUUCGCCGAGAGCCGUGUGGUGGCGCGCGGACACGGCCACAAGUCCUGGGUCAACGUCGUAGCGUUCGACCCGUUCACGACGAACCUGGAGGACGAGGAGCGGAUGGAGCUCAGUGGGAGCGAGGAGGAUCUCCAGCAGGGGGCGCUGCACUUCGGCCGCGUGCGAACUAGCAGCACACUAUCGCGUCUCUCGCGACACAGCUCCAAAGGAGGCGCUUCAUCUGUGACGUACCGCUUCGGAUCCGUCGGCCAGGACACACAGUUCUGUUUGUGGGAUCUGACAGACGACGUUCUGUAUCCGCGGCUUCCGCUCUCCCGCGCGCUUACGAACACCUUCGGUCCUACGAUUCCUAGCAGCACGGCGUUGAGCGGAAGCAGCGGAGUCGAAGGUCACCAUCAUCCCUCAAACCCUCAUCAGACGUCAACGCUGCCACUGCCUUUACCUCGCUCGCUGUCGCGCUCCAACUCCCUUCCACAUCCCGCCGUCGCCAACACCUCCAAGAGCCAGGGGGCGACGGAGAGCAGCGGCACAGGCGUGAGCGCUGGCACAGGUGGAGGAAGCACACCGUUUAGCAUCGGCCGCUUCGCAACGCUGUCGCUACAAGAGCGCAAAUCAGAUAAAUCCGGGGUGGGAGGGGAAAAGGAGCACAAGCGCUAUCACAGCCUCGGGAACAUCAGCAAAAGCAACGAUAAGAUUAACGUGGCGCCGCGCAGCUCCAGGCUAGAUGGCGCUAAAGUGCUGGGAACCACUCUGUGUCCGCGGAUGAACGAGGUGCCACUGCUGGAGCCACUGGUGUGCAAGAAGAUCGCCCACGAGCGGCUGACCGUGCUGGUCUUCAUGAACGACUGCAUCAUCACAGCGUGUCAGGAAGGACUCAUCUGCACUUGGGCCAGACCCGGGAAAACACUCCCGUCUCAGCCGCUGUCAGCACAGAACGGAAACUCUCCGAGCGGGACGGUGGUAUAGCCGAAGCCUCAUUCCCGCAUUCCCAAUUCCUGUGUCUGCAUCCGGAGCCGGUCCAUCAGAGCGUUACGAUUCACCCGUCCCCUGUAUCCCCACCAAACCACACACUUGAGUUGCACACGAACGUAAACACACACCGGGACCAUGAUGCACUGCUGCGACGCACCACGGCUCUCUCCUGCAGAAACCCUGCUGGCUUCAUACACUGCAAACGCCACGGCCAUUUUAUUUCCUAUUUAUUUAUUUGAUCAUUGAGUCUUCUAUUGUACAUAUUCAGACUAUUCUAUAACAGCAGAGGACAUGUAUUGAAAUUAUGAAUUCAACUAAUUAAUAUAUGAAGAUCCUAUAUUGUACAUAGUGGCAGAUGCAUUGAAUGUGGAUUGACGAGUUCUUGUUCUAGUGUGCUAGUGCUGUAUAUGUGGCGAUCUGGCUGAGAAAGUGCAUCCUUUGCUUUGGCAUCGGGCCUGAACUGAGAGUUACGUGCAUUUGUUCGACUGUUAGACUCGAGGUUUCUGCUUCAUACAUUACAGAUGCUAAUAGAGAUGUGAGGUUAGUGUCGUCUAGAAAUGGUGUCAAAUGGUAGGCCGGGUAUAUGAACCUUAAAAGUGUGAUUUUCUAUAUUUACUAAGUUUUUGCUAAACAAACAACGUCACGUUGAAUGAAAACGGAUGUUUGUUGCAUUCUCACGUCGCUGUUUAGAGCUAGUCCAACCUGAAAGCAGAUCUCUUGAAUUUUGUCUUGUUGAACGCAAGACUGUGGAAGCCCAUUUUUGGGUACAGAAUUACAAAUAAAAAUGGUUAUUGCAAAUUUAAAUAAAAUCUCCCAAUUCAGAAACUCCCAAUUCUAACUAUUUUCUCACAAUUCUGAGAAAAAUUUAAUUGUAUCUGUGGCGGAAACAAAAAAGUGCAAGGUGUAGAGUAAUUAUGUAAUUUUGAGGAAAAAAGUCAGAAUUGUGAGAUAUAAACUCAGAAUUCCAAAAAAAAAAAGUAAACGUUGAGAGAUAUAAACUAAGAAUUCCGAAAAUAAAAAAAGUUAAAAUUACGAGAUUUAAGAUAAGAAUUCUCAAAAAAAGGUAAAAUUUGUGAGACAUAACCUAAGAAUUCAGAAAAGGAAAAAAGUUAAAAUUGUGAUAUAAACUCAGAAUUCCCAAAAAAGUCAAAGUCACAAGAUAUAAAUUCAGAAUUUUGAAGAAGGAAAAAAAGUUACAAUUGCAAGAUAUAAACUAAGAAUUCCAGAAAAAAAUUUAAAUUGCGAGAUCCCCAAAAAGUCCAUUCUGAGAAAAAAAGUCACUGUAACCUUUUUUUAAUUUUUAUUCCAUGACAGAAAUGAGCUUCCAUACAAGUCGAAUGUAAUGAAAGGGAGAAACUUCUCUGUCAUCUAAGCAGCACAUUUUACUAUAGUAGCACGGAGUAGGUGCUGUUCCUUACACCUGCUAUGCCUCUUGCUAAAUUUUGCACAUUUACAGGUUGAUUUUAGUUCACUGGAGGGACCAUUUUCAGGAGUCUGGAUUACUGAGAGCCAAUGUGAAUUGUGUUUUUAGGGAUUUGUUGUGCAGACUUCUCAAAAGGCCAGUGUCAUAUCAUUUCUACCGACGUAUGUCAAUCAGUUCUUGUCAUUAAGCGAAGCA